CCCAGUGACACCAUUGAGAACGUGAAAGCCAAAAUCCAGGACAAGGAAGGCAUCCCUCCCGACCAGCAGAGGCUCAUUUUUGCAGGCAAGCAGCUGGAAGAUGGCCGUACCCUCUCCGACUACAAUAUCCAGAAAGAAUCUACCUUGCACUUGGUCCUGAGGCUGAGGGGUGGUAUGCAGAUCUUUGUGAAAACCCUGACUGGCAAGACCAUCACCCUGGAGGUGGAGCCCAGUGACACCAUUGAGAACGUGAAAGCCAAAAUCCAGGACAAGGAAGGCAUCCCUCCCGACCAGCAGAGGCUCAUUUUUGCAGGCAAGCAGCUGGAAGAUGGCCGUACCCUCUCCGACUACAAUAUCCAGAAAGAAUCUACCUUGCACUUGGUCCUGAGGCUGAGGGGUGGUAUGCAGAUCUUUGUGAAAACCCUGACUGGCAAGACCAUCACCCUGGAGGUGGAGCCCAGUGACACCAUUGAGAACGUGAAAGCCAAAAUCCAGGACAAGGAAGGCAUCCCUCCCGACCAGCAGAGGCUCAUUUUUGCAGGCAAGCAGCUGGAAGAUGGCCGUACCCUCUCCGACUACAAUAUCCAGAAAGAAUCUACCUUGCACUUGGUCCUGAGGCUGAGGGGUGGUAUGCAGAUCUUUGUGAAAACCCUGACUGGCAAGACCAUCACCCUGGAGGUGGAGCCCAGUGACACCAUUGAGAAUGUGAAAGCCAAAAUCCAGGACAAGGAAGGCAUCCCUCCUGACCAGCAGAGGCUCAUUUUUGCAGGCAAGCAGCUGGAAGAUGGCCGUACCCUCUCCGACUACAAUAUCCAGAAAGAAUCUACCUUGCACUUGGUCCUGAGGCUGAGGGGUGGUAUGCAGAUCUUUGUGAAAACCCUGACUGGCAAGACCAUCACCCUGGAGGUGGAGCCCAGUGACACCAUUGAGAACGUGAAAGCCAAAAUCCAGGACAAGGAAGGCAUCCCUCCUGACCAGCAGAGGCUCAUUUUUGCAGGCAAGCAGCUGGAAGAUGGCCGUACCCUCUCCGACUACAAUAUCCAGAAAGAAUCUACCUUGCACUUGGUCCUGAGGCUGAGGGGUGGUAUGCAGAUCUUUGUGAAAACCCUGACUGGCAAGACCAUCACCCUGGAGGUGGAGCCCAGUGACACCAUUGAGAACGUGAAAGCCAAAAUCCAGGACAAGGAAGGCAUCCCUCCCGACCAGCAGAGGCUCAUUUUUGCAGGCAAGCAGCUGGAAGAUGGCCGUACCCUCUCCGACUACAAUAUCCAGAAAGAAUCUACCUUGCACUUGGUCCUGAGGCUGAGGGGUGGUAUGCAGAUCUUUGUGAAAACCCUGACUGGCAAGACCAUCACCCUGGAGGUGGAGCCCAGUGACACCAUUGAGAAUGUGAAAGCCAAAAUCCAGGACAAGGAAGGCAUCCCUCCUGACCAGCAGAGGCUCAUUUUUGCAGGCAAGCAGCUGGAAGAUGGCCGUACCCUCUCCGACUACAAUAUCCAGAAAGAAUCUACCUUGCACUUGGUCCUGAGGCUGAGGGGUGGUAUGCAGAUCUUUGUGAAAACCCUGACUGGCAAGACCAUCACCCUGGAGGUGGAGCCCAGUGACACCAUUGAGAACGUGAAAGCCAAAAUCCAGGACAAGGAAGGCAUCCCUCCUGACCAGCAGAGGCUCAUUUUUGCAGGCAAGCAGCUGGAAGAUGGCCGUACCCUCUCCGACUACAAUAUCCAGAAAGAAUCUACCUUGCACUUGGUCCUGAGGCUGAGGGGUGGGCAAUGAUUACUUACUGGACAUUUGUGUGGCUUCAGUAUUAAGCAGUAAUGUUUACAUUUAUGCAUCUUGUGUUUAUAAAUUGAAAUAAAGUGUUGCAAUCA